UUCAAUUUUUCCCUUGACAAAAAGUAGAGUCAUUUUUCAGUCAGUUCAGUUUCAGUGUGUUCAGUUAGUGAUGGAGAGUGAAUGAACAAACAUGAAGAAGAGAUGAAGUUAGAUUGUAUUUAGGAUUUGUGGGAUCAUCAGCUUAUAAUAUUAUUAAUAUUAAUAGUAAGAAAAAAUAGUAUAAAAAAGAAAUGAUGAGGCCGAACUGGGAACUGAAGAAAUGCUGCAAUCAUGAGCAAGUUGUGUUUCUCGUCACCGUCUCUGUCUGUGCUGUUGUCAUUCUUGCGUUAUGGAGAACAGUACUGCUGACACCAUUCAAGCUCGUGACUGUAUUUCUUCACGAGGCGAGCCAUGCCAUAGCUUGUAUAUUAACUUGUGGCCAUGUGGAAGGUAUUCAGGUUCAUGCGAAUGAAGGUGGAACCACUCAAACACGCGGCGGUGUAUACUGGUUAAUCUUGCCUGCUGGAUAUCUUGGCUCCUCCUUUUGGGGAAUGGUUCUGAUACUUGCAUCCACAAAUCUUCUUACAGCAAGAAUUGCAGCAGGAUGUUUUGUUGUGGCUCUACUUAUUGUACUGUUAGUAGCUAAAAAUUGGACUCUGCGAGGACUUUGUAUUGGGUUUGUUCUUUUCCUUGGUGUGGUCUGGGUCCUGCAAGAAACAACAAAAGUUCGCAUUCUUCGGUAUAUAAUUCUAUUCAUUGGCGUAAUGAACAGCUUGUUUUCUGUUUACGAUAUUUAUGAUGAUUUAAUAUCCCGUAGAGUCCAUUCAAGUGAUGCUGAGAAAUUUGCCGAAGUUUGUCCUUGUCCAUGUAAUGGCAUGGGGUGGGGCAUUAUUUGGGGUCUAAUUUCUUUCUUAUUUCUUUGUGGUGCCAUGUACCUUGGCCUUGUGAUAUUGUCUUGAGUGGGAUUUUUUUGUUCCUCGACAGUUCUGCAUCAAAUUGGUUGCUCAUUAGAGAUUGGAGAUAAACCUUAAUUGCUGCGAUCUAUAGGAAAUGCAAUUGGAGAUGAGAUGUUUCAUCGUGAAUUUUGUUACAAAAUAGUGACUGAUCAAAAUUGAAUUAUUUCCUGAAUUAGUUCAUAAAUUUACAGAAGCUAUUUUUUGUUUUGAUUUUAAUUUUAUAUAAAUAAUAUUAUUUUUAUGAAA